GCUAAGUCUCUUUCUAUAAUGCCACUUUACCGUUGGCAUGGCAUUGAUGUCACAAUGACGUUGCAGGGUAGGACAGCCUCUGCAGUAUAAAGAUAGGCCAAGCAGAUAUAGCUAAGCUGCCCACAAGUCCUCGGGAGCUACAAAACAUGGUCCCCACCACUUUGGAGUAUGUUGGACUCUGUGUUUUCGUCCCUCAUUUACUCUCGGGGUUUGGUUUCAUGUCAGCAAGCCCCCUCUGCCUUCCAAAAAUAAGCUCCCGCCGCCAUGCUGAAGACAGAAAAACAAGGAGGGUGGUAUUUUUAGGGCCAUCAAUUCUGACCACGUGUCCAGACGGUGAACCGGAUGGCCGUUGCACAAAGGCUUCUCAUUACUAUGUCCCACGGAGUCGGGAUUCACUGGACGUUGCCUAUUCUCUUGCUGCUGGGUGCCAUGGUUGGGAUGAUUUCCUCGUACCCUAUCCCGAACAGGGCUAAUGGGUCGUCACUGGAGAGGACGUGGGAGUCGCUUUUCACCAUGUCAAUGGGAAUGUCUUCUGACCGAUUGGAUGCCAAGUGGAAGAACAUGUAUUUGCAGGGAAUUAAGAGACAACGGAGGCUCUACUGCAACGUGGGAAUUGGGUUUCACCUUCAGGUCCUCCCGGAUGGGAAGAUAAAUGGUGUUCAUAAUGAAAACCCCUAUAGUCUCUUAGAAAUUUCCACAGUAGAAAGAGGAGUUAUUAGCUUGUACGGUGUGAAGACUGAACGCUUUAUAGCGAUGAACAACAAAGGAAGAGUAUAUGCUUCAGCAACGUUUCAGGAUGAGUGCAAGUUUAAGGAAAUUCUGCUAUCAAACAAUUAUAAUGCCUACGAAUCUCAUCUAUACAAAGGUUCUUACCUUGGAAUAAGCAAGCAUGGGAAAAUUAAAAGAGGAACGAAAAUUUCACCUGCAAUGACUGUCACACAUUUUCUUCCGCGAAUAUGAACAUCGUACAGCUGAAAUGUCUUUUAAUUUUGCACAUGUGAAUAAUCUCCCAGGUAAAAUAUUUAUGCCAAUACAGAAUAUAUGUAUAUUUGGAAAGGAGCUAUUUCUAUAGAAUCAUUGCAAGCCAUGCCCAAUCCGAAAUCUGCUUACUGCCAUUUAUUGACAACUUAAAACACAAAAAAAUUGUACAAAAUGUACUAUUUUUUUUAGUACAUUAAACCUAAUUUAUCCCUGAUGGAUAGAGGAUGAAUUUUAAAAGCAUUUUACAGAAGGCUACGUUUUUUAAAUCUUAUUUUUCUGUAGGAAAAAUAAACCUAAAGACCUUCAUACUUUCAAAAGUAAAAAUAUACUUCUUAUUCCUCGAAACGUAGCAAACUCAGCUUUCGAUAUUAGAAGGUGCAUGUAUAUUAUUACUUAAUGGGAUUUUUUAAAAGAUGAAAUAAUGUAACUACAUUUAUAUGUUUAUGAAAAAAAUGUUUGAUAAAAAGUUUCUAAUGUAAGUUA